AUGCUUACCCUCACGCUGGGGAUUACGGUGGCGCUGGUAACGGCGGUUAUGGUCCCGCCGGUCGAUGCCGCCGGGCUGGCGAACUGUCCGCUCGGGUGCCAGUGCGACGACGACACGCUGGUGGUGACGUGCGAGGAAGGCCAGCUGGACGUACUCCCGAUCGUGCUGAAUCCCUCCCUCCAUCGGCUAGUCAUUAAGAACAACAAAAUCAAAACCAUCGACUCUUCGAUGCAGUUCUACGCCGAGCUGACGUUUCUGGAUCUCAGCUACAACCAUCUGUUCAACAUGCCGCCGCCCACGUUCGCGUACCAGAAGAAGCUGACCGAGCUGCACCUGAACCACAACAAGGUGGGGUCGAUCACGAACCGAACAUUCAUCGGGUUGGUGUCGCUCACCAUACUGAAUCUGCGCGGCAACUUCCUCGACGAGUUGCCGGAGGGUGUGUUUUCCGUCGUGCCGAAGCUGGAGGAGCUUAACCUCGGCCAGAACCGGAUAGCGAAGAUCGACCCGAAGGCGUUCGUGGGUCUGAGCAACCUUAAGGUGCUGUAUCUUGAUGAUAACACCAUCAGCACGGUGCCAUCGCCCGCUCUGACUCCACUGAGGAGCCUCGCCGAGCUGUACAUCGGGCUCAAUUCGUUCACGUCCAUCCCGAAGGAGGCGUUCGGUAUGCUGACCGGUCUGAGUCGGCUGGACUUGAAUGGAGCGGCCCUGCUCAACGUCACCCGUGACAGUUUUCACGGGCUCGAGCGACUCCGCACGCUCGACAUCUCGGACAAUCGAUUCAGCCGCAUUCCGACGGCUGAGCUGGCCCCACUCGAUCGGCUCGAGGAGCUGAUCAUCGGCCAGAACGACUUCGACAGCGUACCGGCGGGUGCGUUCGCGGGCCUCAGCAACCUUCGCCUGCUGGACAUCUCGGGAUCGCUGCGACUGAACCGCAUCGAAAGCGGUGCGUUCGAGGCCAACACCAAUCUGGAGGAGAUUGUGAUCGCUUCGAACAAGGCGCUGAGCGACAUACAGGAGGGUGCGCUGAGCGGGCUGCCCCAUCUACGCCGCAUCGUGCUGAAGGACAACGCUCUGACGACCCUCACCGAUGGGAUGCUGUCGUGGAACGAGCUGGUCGAGCUGGAUCUCUCCGAGAAUCCCAUCCUGUGCGAUUGCCAGAUACUCUGGUUGCGCAAUCUGCUCGUGAGUAAGAGCAACAGCUCCGGUACGGAGGGUGGAAGUGCGCCCGUCAACCAGAUUCCCGUCGUCUGCGCGGCCCCGGAUCGGUUGCGUGAGCAGGUGCUGCAGAGCCUUUCGCCCGAGCUGCUCGGCUGUUCACAUCCCGACCGGCAGCAGCAGGCCAUCAUCUGCGUGGUGCUGGUCGGGGUGGCCGCCAUCCUGACGACGCUCGCGCUCGUCAUCUAUAAGUGCCGCCGGCGGAUCCAGGAGGUGGUGAAGGGCAGCUGGGGCAACAACGGGAUCGGGCGCAAGGAGCGCGAGUACCAGAAGACGUUCUCCGAGGAGGACUACUCGGCGCGCCAUCCGCACCCGUGUCCGGGUGGCGGCGGGCUAGGCAUCCACCCAACGACGCUGAACAACUACCAGAUCAACAACCACCACCACCACUCGCACGGCAUCCGGCACAUACCGGUCACGGAACUAUAGCUAGAGGCUCCCCCUCCACCGCCUCGGAGGGGAGGUCCAAUAGUGUGCGGUACUGGGGGUCAGCAAACCGCCACCAGCUUCCUGCAGCUCAGCCAGGAUCAUCUCACCAUCGGCCAGCAGCAAGAGAUCC